AUGCCUUUGAUACGUCUCCGCCGCGCCCUCCAACAACCGCAAAUCCUCACCAAUCACCCCCGCUCCAGCUACUACCUCAUAACGAAAUGCGGACGUAUCGGCGGUUCUGAAUUCGACUACUCCCCGUCCUGGAUCAAACAUUCUAUUUCGCGCUCCCUCACCCGCCUCCACACCUCCUACCUCGACGUUGUCUACCUCCACGACGUCGAAUUUGUUUCUCCCCCCGAAGUCCUUGAAGCCAUAAACUGUCUGCGCGAGCUCCAAGCCCAGGGGACAAUCCACUAUAUCGGUAUCUCGGGGUAUCCUGUCCCAGUCCUCUGUUCCCUCGCCGAAAUGAUUCUGCGCGAGACGGGUAGACCUUUAGAUUGCGUGAUGAGUUAUGCAAACUUUACGAUUCAAAAUCACUCUCUCUAUACCACCGGGCUUUCCCGUUUACGCAAAGCAGGCGUGGAUUGUGUGCCCAAUGCUUCGGUGUUGGGAAUGGGGCUCCUGCGCAGCUCAGGCGUUCCGGAUAAUGGAAAGGAAGAUUGGCAUCCGGCGCCCAAGGAACUACGUUCUUGUGUUCAGAAGGCUGCGCGAUGGGUAGAGGAACGCGGGGAGAGAUUGGAGGUGGUGGCUAUACGAUGGGCUCUUGAACGCUGGGCCCUCGACGGCAAAGUCAGUUCUGAACCCAUUGGUGUAUCUGUAAUGGGUGUGAGCAAUAUUGGAGAGUUUGAGGAAACGCUCCGGGUGUGGAAUAGCGUAUUAGAUGGAAUUGAUAUACCCGGACGGCAAGUGACGGAAGCAAAAAAACAGUGGAGUUUAGACAGGAGAGCAGAGAGUCAAGAGUUAUCGGAAGGGAUUAGGAAAAUCCUGGGAGAGUAUUGUGAUUAUGCAUGGGCGAGUCCCGAUGAGGGAUAUGUGAACAAAAGGGUUGUUAAGGGGGUUAUAGACGAGGUUGCUCCAUUGCCGAAGGCAGAGUGA